AUGUUGUUAAGUAAAAGAAUACAAGCUGAAGCCACAAAGGUUAAGCUUGAAAGUGCAUUGAAAGAGGCAGAAAUAAAGAAAAGAAAAGCAAAGUUACAGUGUGAGGAGGCAGAAAUUGAAGCAGAAUUAGAAUUAUGUGUGUCUCGUCGCAAUGCUCAGUUGGCUGAAGUUGAGUACAGAGUAGUGUGUGAAGAAAGUAGUGAUAAGUUGUCAUCUAUUUCAGGUAGAAUACCUGGUGUACAGUUACAACAGAAAGUUCUUUCACAAGAACUCCUGCAGCAAGAGGCAGCAGAUUCUUUAAGUCGUGUCAAGCAGUACGUGGAAGAUCAGAACAAGGUACCAGAAUUUGAUCUCAACCCUUCUUUGGAACAAGCUAUGCCUGUCAUACAACCUCUUCGUAGUCAGCCCAGUGAUGCCAAGGCUAAUCCUGUGAGUAACAGUUGUUGUGGAGAAUUGUCGCGUUUCCUUUUGAAGAAGGAACUUUCCCUGGCACGUUUCAGUCCAUUUGAUGAUCGUCCUGAGUCUUAUGUGCCUUGGAAAACUACUUUUCAGCAGACCAUUCAAGAUCUGCAUGUUACGUCUUUGGAAGAAGUUGACCUUUUACUCCGGUGGCUGGGCCCUGAGUCGUCCAAAUUUGCGCAGAGUAUAAGGACUUCCAAUAUACAUGAUCCAAUACAGUCGCUUAAAGAAAAUCCACUUUACGAGAAACUGUUUGGACACUUUGACACAUCUGCAGGAAUAAACCCUGUGAUAAGCAAGUUACCUCCUUCAGUACAAGGAAAAUGGCGAGACAAAGCAUCCAACUACAAGAAAACACAAGACUUCAUUUCUGACGUUGCACAAAUCCAUAAUGAUCCAGGAUUUAAUUUUGAGCCAGAAGUAAAAUCUCAUAUAGACAAGACUUCAAAGCUAGAUAAAUUUAAAGUAACUACAAAGAAGACUGUAGUGCCUGAUGAAGAAGCCCUUAAAUGUAUAAUACAUGGGACCAACCAUUCUCUACAUGAAUGUAAAAGCUUUAAGUCAAAGUCUUUAGAAGAACGCAAGAAACUUCUGAAAGAAAAUAGAAUAUGUUUUAAGUGUUGCAUCUCGAAGAACCACUUAAGUAGAGAUUGUCCAGAGGACAUAACCUGUAAAGACUGUGGAAGUAAAUACCAUUGCACUGCUAUGCAUUUGAAGAAAUUUCAGUCUGUUCCUGAGACAAGUACUAAGGCUCAUGGCAGGGAGAAGCCGGAGCAGAGUGUUGUUAAAGAGUCAGGACUUUACGUUUUUCAUGAGAGUAACCCGAGGAAGCGUAUGAAGUCAUAUGUUAUAUUAGAUGAUCAGAGUAACAAAUCUUUAGCUAAAGGAGAGCUUUUAGAUUUCUUUGAUGUUCGCUCUGUGGCAGAGGAAUACAUCAUAACUAGUUGCUCUGGCCGUUCAGUUAUGACAGGAAGGAAAGCUGGUGGACUAUGCAUACAAGCUGUUGAUGGUAGUCUACAGAUGAGCCUUCCUACAGUCAUCGAAUGUGAUGAACUUCCUAAUAAUAGGACUGAGAUUCCAACUCCCAACAUUGCUCGACUUCAUCCACACCUCAAAGACAUUGGUUCAGAAAUUUCACCUCUUGAUGAUCAGGCUCAGAUUCAAUUAUUGAUUGGUAGAGAUCUACCCGAAGCUCACCAUGUACUAGAUCAAGUAACAGGUCCACCAGGUACACCCUUUGCCCAGAAGAUGAAGUUAGGCUGGGUAAUUGUAGGUGAAGUCUGCCUGGGGAAGCAUCACGCAACAAAGAAUGUGAAUGUAAGGAAAAUAUAUGUAAAUCCUGAUGGUCGACCAUCAGUCUUGAAGCCUUGUCCAAGUUGUAUAUGUGUAAGAAGACACAGGAUAUCACAGCGGUUUUACACCAUGGAAGGAAAAUGA